AUCUACAUCUACAAUUUAUUAAUGUUAUGCCUGUCUCUCAGGCAGACAGGCAGAUUGGUUGUAACUGGCAACCAACCAAUCAGAUAAUAGGGCAAAGUAAUAAUGUUUGGCAUGAGCAUAGGUUUUUUUUUUUUUAUGUCUCAGACGUGACAUUGAAAAAAAAAAAUCAGUAGGAGGGUUGCACCAGGAAGGUCGUCCUGAAUUAAACAGGGACAAAUUACUAUGCAGACUAAAGGCUGUGUGACCCUCUGAAAAAGAGAAGUUGCUGGGAAAAAACACAGUGUUGUUAAAUAUAGUGCAAGAUUAUAGUGGAAGACAUUUACAAUUUCCAAUCAACUUACAUUGAUUCACGAAAAAAACACACUGUCUAAAAUAUGAACACUGUUUUUCUUGUGCAGUUAUUGACAGUUAAAAGGACUGAUUUUGGAGUGUUUCCCACCAGUACGUUGUUUUGUUGUAUAUUCAAGAAAAAAAUGUUUUGCAUUGUUUACAUAAAGCACAUUUAUGAGUUAUUUGUUUAUUUAUUACAUUUUAAAAGUUGUGUUUUGUGUUUUUUUGUUGUUGCUGGUUUUGACUAACAACUAACCCUUCAAGCUCUGUCACCUGCUAUUGUUCAGUGAUGUUUUGGCUUUUUCUGUGGGCCAAACCAUAAUCUUACCCAAGUCAUCAAAAUAGCUGGACUUAGCUCUGAUCCUACAUAGUUUCUUCGUGGGUUCUGAUGUUUGUUUUCUGACAAUCUGGCGUUAAAAAGGUUAAUACGAGCUAAUGUUGCUCCUCUAUUGAGCUAUUUGUUCUGGUACAUCGCAACCCCUUUGUCUAUGCCAAUAACUGAGCUCGGUUAGCGCACGUACUUUGAAAGUGCUAUACCGGAAGUACUUGUGGUUUUACAGCGAAAGUUGACGUCUGUGGCUUAAACGCUUAAAUGCUGAGGAGGCAGCUAAUAUAAUGUACACACCCGUUAAUAAAACGCGUGACUCAAUAUUUUGAAUUUGACGUGGUGGUGCCUCCUGUUUGAAUUAUGAUAUUUAUUUAUGAAUUAAUGUAUUUAAUAUUUUUGUUUUUCUCCGGUUGUGGAAUCUGUCGCGUUGUCGCUGCUUUGCCACAUUGGUGGUAGUAGUAGUGAGGCAGAACACGGGGAUUUCCUCGCUUGCUUGUUUUGUAGGCGGGGAGUUGUUUGUCACUUUCACGCGAGCAGCGGGCGUCGGAGGGAGCGGGGAGCCGCGGAAUGUCAGAAGUGUGUAACUAGGCUGUUUCCGUGCUAAUUUAGCCCGGUCUGUGUGCGUGCUCGCGCGCGCGCGCGUGUCUCUCUCCACUGUAGCGCGGCGCUCCUCCGUGCUUUGUCAACUCAUGCGCUUCUUCCCAUUUAAACCUGCUGCUUCAUCACCUCGUUGUGGAAGGAAGCAAGAGCGACGAGCCGAGGUAGCGGUUUAGACACAUCAGACAAGCAACAGUACAGGUGGACAAGGCUUUCGUGGCAUGACUACCACAAACAAAGGAAACAAGGCCUUGAAGGUGAAGCGGGAGCCUGGGGAAAAUGGCACCAGCCUGACAGAUGAGGAGCUGGUGACCAUGUCGGUGCGGGAGCUGAACCAGCAUCUACGAGGGCUGACGAAAGAGGAAAUCCUGCAGCUGAAGCAGCGACGACGUACCCUGAAGAACCGUGGAUACGCCGCCAGCUGCCGAGUAAAGCGUGUCACCCAGAAAGAAGAGCUGGAGAAGCAGAAGGCUCAGCUGCAGCAGGAAGUGGACAAGCUGGCCACGGAGAACGCCAGCAUGAAGGUUGAGCUGGACGCUCUGCGUUCAAAGUACGAGGCCCUGCAGAGCUUUGCCAGAACUGUGGCCCGCAACCCCGUCACCUCCGCCAGAGGACCCAUGGCCUCCGUCAUAGGUCCUCUCAUCCCUGGUAAAGUAGCUGCUACCAGUGUCAUCACCAUUGUCAAAUCCAAAACGGAGGCUAGGUCAUAGUAGCAGAGAUGAAGGGCACGAGAUGGAGAUUGGUAAUAGAAAAAAAAAGAAAUAACGUCACUCAGUGCAUUGUAACAAGACACAGGGGUAAACUGGGGUCAGUCCUCCUUUUUUACCCCUUGGUACCAACAGUAAAAGUGUGCUUCCCUGUAAAACUGCACGUCUCAGGUUUGAUCUGCAAAUCAGUCAAAAUACAUUAAAGGGCAGUUGUACACAGACGGUGGGCUGAGACCCACACAUUGAUACCAGAUGGUAUUUCUGAGGUAAAUUUUUGAAUUAAAUAUAUUUUUUAAAUAUUCUUAAAAUGCUUUAAGAAUAAGACUUAAAUGUUUUUCUUUCAAAAGUUAUGUUAAUUGAUUGAAAUUAACAUUUUUUCGUAAUUGUACGGAAACACUGUUUGAAUAUACUGUAUGUCACAAGUGUUACACAUUUGGCAAUAAUGAAGUUUUUGAUUUAAAAACAAGGGGGCAGUGUUGAAUAGGAAAAACCGAUUCAUAUUCAUAUAUUUAAACAAAAAAAAUUGAUAUUUCUUUGAGAAUUCAAGAGUUUUCCGUCCAAAAAGUGGAAUUUGAAUUCAGCGCGAAGAACAAACAGAGCCAGCAUAAAUCCGACUGAAACCCCUCUGACUUGUUACCAUGCACUGACUUGAUUUGGGACUAACAACAAGUGGUCGCAGACUCUUGACGUGGACGCUACAGAUGUCUUCAACACAGUCUUGAUGAAUUUCAAACUAGUAAACUAAUCAAUAUUUGUGAUUUCGUUGGUCGUCUGUCAGGAAAGUAAGCGUGAAAUAAUGCUUCCAGGUCUAGCAUCUAUUUCUGUUUAUGCAUCUGUGACAGGCUUUACUGAACUCGUCAUUAUCAAUAUGACUGGUAGAUGCAAUAAUAUAUGUAUGCACUGAAAAUACAGAGGUCCGGCGUAGUUGUGGUGAAGUGGGAACCUUAAAAACGAUCGGCGGUCAUCGACGAUAUUGUUUCUGAGCCGAGUGCCAUUCCAACACAAUAAGAUUCUCCUCACGGUAUCUGGAAAUGAAAAAAAUGAAUGUUGAAUCACAGAAGUAUCCCCGUAUUUUGGUGGGGAUAAGUGAAAUCCACAAACAUUUUGAAACAUCCUUUUUGCUCAUUGAAGAAAUGUGUUCGAGUCCAUUUGUUUUAAAAGAUAAAUAUAUAUAUAUUGCAUUUUUUGUAAUUAUCUGUCGACAGGGCCCUUAGAUAUUUCCAAAAAAGUCUUUACACGAGCUUUACUGUUUGAAUUGUUAAGGUGUAGAAAACUUUGUCUAAUGUUGGGUUCUUGUUUUUUAUGACUAGGUAGAUGACCUUCCAUUGUUUAUAGAAAUACAGAAAAUGAAAAUGUUGAGAAAAAAAAUCCUGUGACAUCUUUUUUGCAAUUGUACCAAAAGUGGCUUAUUAUUGAAGUCUGAUAGCUUUUUCUAGUGACUAGGCGCGUACUGUGGGGUAGCGCGUGAUGUGACGUGUAAGUGACAAGUUGGCAGUGUCGUUCACUGUAUAGAUGUCAAUGCUGUGCUAUUUAAAAACAAAUACAAAUCUGUAGAGCUAAACUAGGUGGUGUAAACAAGGUCAGUUGUCUUUGUGCGUAUUGGCAUCUGUGAUAUCCUCCGCUUCCGUGGUGUUAGUUACAAAUCAUACCGUCAUUAAGAGUUGACCACAUUGACCCACGUAAGACAGAAUUGGGUGAAAUGGCAUUAGUGGAUAUUAACUCAAAGGCUUUUACCAGAAGCUUACAGUGACACCGUCAUUACAGAAUCUGAAUAAUGGUUGCACCUGCUGCUGGAUGCCCUCUAAAUAAAUGGUCUGCCACCUGAAA